AUGCAGGAGCCCAACAGGACAAUCGCAGACUCCAUGGACUUCAUAUACGCCGGGCUCGACGGGGUGUAUGCGCGGGGCACGCUCUCUUUUGUGCUCAUGAACAUUCCGCCGAUGCAGCUGACGCCGCUGUCUGAGACGCCGGAGCGCGGCGGGGUGGGCGAGACCUGGGCGUGGCCGGACAAGCUGGGGAAUAUUACACGGAUGACGCACCUCUACAACCAUCCAUAUGAGUACCUGGCUGCCCUAGCCAACGUAACCGGAUAUAACUACCACUGCAACCUCGACAUGUCCGAGUGCCAGGGGUUAGGAAACCCAGAGUCAUUCAUGUGGUUUGACUAUUCGCAUCCGUCGCAGCGGACCGAGCAGAUCAUUGGAGAGCAGUUCUUGGAUGUGGUUAGCGGGGAGAGUAAGUGGGCGGUGUAUUUUGGCGGUUAAAAACCACUAACUUACUAGUAUAUAUACAGAUUACAUGAAAAGGAAACGUUGGGCGG